CAGCCUAUGGGCGUCCGGGGCUCCUUGGGAGCUUCCGCGUUCUGAGCGGCCGGACCCAGGCCGCCCCCCGCCGCCUCCCACCGUGCCCUGAUGGCCUCGACAGACCUGGCGGGGGCGCUGGCGGCCGUGCUGGGGGGUCAGGGGCUGCACGUGCAGGGCUGUGAUUCGGGGCCUCCCGGGGAGCCGCUGCCGCCGGCCCGGCUGCGGAAGAGCGUCUGCUACGUGGUGCUGGCCGUGUUCCUCAACGAGCAGGAUGAAGUGCUGCUGAUCCAAGAGGCCAAGAGGGAGUGCCGGGGGGCCUGGUACUUGCCAGCAGGGAGGAUGGAGCCUGGGGAAAGCAUUGUGGAUGCCCUGCAGCGGGAGGUCAAGGAGGAGGCAGGUCUUCUAUGCCAGCCUCUCACUCUGCUGGCGGUAGAGGAGCGUGGCCCAGCCUGGAUUCGCUUUGCCUUCCUGGCCCAGCAUACAGGUGGAAUUCUCAAGACUGCUGAAGAGGCUGAUGGGGAAUCUCUGCAGGCUGCCUGGUACCCGCGAACCUCUCUGCCCACUCCACUGCGAGCCCAUGACAUCCUCCACUUAAUAGAGCUAGCUGCCUCGUACAACCAGCAAGCCAGGCACCCUCCCAUCCUGCCCCAGGAACUUCCAUGCACACUGGUCUGUCAGCGGCUCGUGGCUACUUUUGCCAGUGUGCAGGCCAUUUGGGUUUUGGUGGGCACAGAGGGGGUGCCUCACUUGCCCAUCACGGCCUGUGGCUUUACCCCCGUGGAACAGAGGGGUGGCAUCAAGAUGGCCAUCCUGAGGCUAUUACAGGAGUGCCUGAGCCUGCACAACUUGGCUGUGGAGACCAAGGGGCUGCUUGGACUACAGCACCUGGGCAGAGACCAGACUGAUGGCAUCUGCCUCGAUGUGCUGGUGUCAGUGGCUUUUCAGGACCAAGGACUCCACACAGAGCCCCCAAAGGUACAGGGAGAGAACUUCUCCUGGUGGAAAGUCAUGGAGGAAGACCUAAAGCACCAGCUUUUACAGCGACUUCAGGACUCGUCAGUCGUCCCCAUUUAUAGAUAAGAAUAUUCAUCAGUAGGCACUGGGCAGGUGUCUGCUGGCUUCACCUGGCAGGGAAGACUAGUGUCCAGAUAUGGUGUUGCCCAGGUCUCCUCACAGCACUAAAACAGAUAGUGCUUUCUGCCUAGCAAGGGUUCCAAGCCCUAGAAUCUCUGUGCACCAAGAACACUUUGACUGUUCCCUAAGCGGGUGGCAGAACUUUCAGGAACUGAGAUGCAUCUACUCAUCAUUUUCUCUGCUGGUCUCUGAACCUUCAGGCACUGAAUGUGGCAGGAGUACUGGGGGGUGUCGUUCCCAGGAAAAGCCCCUUGCCAAGUAAAGGGCUACUGUUCACCUUGUCUCCCCACCUAAAUGUCUGUGAGAAGUGGGCAGGAGGGAUACUGUUGCCCAGCUGCACUCACCCAGACUUUGCCUGCAGGCUGCUUCCAUGGAGGGCUGGAUCUGUCUUCCUGCUGGUCACCAACUUGGGCACUAGGACAGGGCAAACCCUAUCUUCCAGCUGGGAUGUCACCAUAUCCCCAGGGAAAAUGGAAUGUAUACUUCUUCCAGGUCAGAGCCAUGAGAAUGUAGAAAGACUCGGGUAUAUGAGGGAUGGGAUCAACUGCCCUAAAAGCUCUCUCUUGGCCACUCCUAUCCCCUUGAGCCUUGGCUUGAGCCCAAGCCUGACCCAACCCCCUUCUGUCUCUUCAUCUGAGUUUUGUCAGGAAUGAUAUUUUUUGGUUUCUUUUGGGGUCAUACUCUGUUCAGGACUUACUACUGGUUCUGUGCUCAGACAGGACCAUAUGAAGUGCCAGGGAUUAAACCCAGGUUGGCUACAUGCCAGGCAAAUGCCCUACCACUGUACAUCACUUUGGUCCUAGGACUGAUUCAAAAAAAAAAAAAAAACUUGACUAAAAUCUCAGGGA